AUGGCUCAAAAUAAAGACACAAUUAAGUCACUACGUAAACAAAACGACGAUUUAAAAGAGGAAAUUGCAAAUUUAAGAACAGAUUUUAAAUGUAAGGAACCAAGUGAGGAAACGCAAAAGAGUUUAAACUACUUGGGAGAGGAAUAUGAUGAUUUAAAAGGCUUUAGCAACACUGCAAAGCAACAGAUUUCACGUCUAGAAUCACGCCUAACGGAAAUAACCAAAAGAGUUGAACUCCUGUCCAAAUCAUUUGACGAAGCCCAGCAGUAUAGUUAUUCCUACAACGUAAAACUGAUGGGAAUUCCACAUCUUAAACCUAGAGAAUCUGCACAGGAAACGAGCGAACUUUGUGCUAAAAUCUUCCAGAAAAUGGGAGCUGAAGUAACCUUACAAGACAUUGAUAUUGCCCACCUCGUGCCAACGAGGAAGACAAAUGAUAAACCAAAGCCGAUUAUCUGUAAAUUUACUCGACGCCUUGCCCGCGAGCAAGUUAUGGCGGCGAGGAAGUAUCUAAAGAAAUUAGACCCAAGCAGCUCUGGUUUACCUGUUGAAUCAACGUUGAUGUAUGCAGCUGUAUAUGACUAUUUAACUCCACGCAAUCAACAACUGUUAGCAGAAGCAAAAAAAUUCCAAAAUGAAAAUGGCUUUAGUUACUGCUGGACUAAGAACGGAUUGAUCUAUCUACGAAAGACGGAAGGCUCAAACCCAAUCAAAAUAACUCAACGAAGCGAUAUGGCAAACAUAGUUGUAAGCACAAGUUAA